AUGAAUUUCAUUGACCGAUUCAAUUCCAUUGACUUUCCUCAUGAAUCUUACCCUGUUUACGAAGAUUUCUACUUCCUCCCUCUCUUCUUUCUCUUCUUCCCUUCCAUUCGCUUCCUUCUCGACAGAUUCAUCUUCGAGAAAGUGGCGAGAAGAUUGAUUUUUGGAAAGGGGAACAAAAUGUUGGAUUACCAGACGGAGGAUAGAAGAAAGAGGAUUAAUAAAUUUAAGGAAUCGGCGUGGAAAUGUAUUUAUUAUCUCUCGGCGGAGAUUCUUGCUCUGUAUGUAACUUAUGAUGAGCCUUGGUUUACCAAUACGAGAUAUUUUUGGAUAGGGCCUGGGAAUCAGGUUUGGCCAGAUCAAAAGAUUAAGUUGAAGUUGAAGGCAGUCUAUAUGUAUACUGCUGGAUUUUAUUCAUACUCCAUUUUUGCUUUAAUAUUUUGGGAAACAAGGCGUUCUGACUUUGGGGUUUCCAUGAGUCAUCAUGUUGCUACUUUCAUGCUCAUUGUGUUGUCUUACAUUUGUAGGUUUGCUCGUGUUGGAUCAGUUGUUUUAGCAAUUCAUGAUGCUAGUGAUGUGUUUCUUGAGAUAGGAAAAAUGUCCAAAUACAGUGGUGCUGAAGCAACGGCUAGCACUGCAUUUAUUCUUUUUGUUUUAUCUUGGGUCAUAUUGCGCCUCAUUUACUACCCAUUCUGGAUUCUUUGGAGUACAAGCUAUGAAGUUCUGCUCACCUUGGAUAAGGAAAAGCACCAAGUGGAUGGUCCAGUAUAUUAUUAUAUGUUCAAUACUCUUCUAUUCUGCUUGCUGGUUCUGCAUAUUUAUUGGUGGGUGUUAAUAUAUCGAAUGCUUGUCAAACAAAUCCAAGCAAGAGGAAAACUUAGCGAAGAUGUUCGAUCUGACUCAGAAGAUGAACACGAAGAUUGA